CCGCGCCGUGCCCCGUGGCGGUGGGCCCGGCCGCCGCCCUCGGCUUCGUUUCGCGUCCCGCUUCGGGUCCCGCCUCCCGGCCGGGCAGCUCCGCGGCCUCCCCGGCCUGCGGGGCGCAGAGAGCCCGGUGCCGUCCUGAGCCCAGCCGCGGGUUCGCAAUAGCCUUGUCUUCGCCCUUGUUCGAUGUCUAAGCAGCUGGACAUGUUUAAAACCAACUUGGAGGAGUUUGCCAGCAAACACAAGCAAGAGAUCCGUAAAAGCCCAGCAUUCCGGGUCCAGUUCCAGGAUAUGUGCGCAACAAUUGGAGUGGAUCCUCUGGCAUCUGGUAAAGGAUUCUGGUCAGAAAUGCUGGGAGUUGGAGACUUUUACUAUGAAUUGGGCGUGCAGAUUAUUGAAGUUUGCCUGGCUCUGAAACACAGGAAUGGAGGUCUGAUAACACUAGAAGAACUUCAUCAACAAGUGCUGAAGGGAAGAGGGAAGUUUGCUCAGGAAGUAAGCCAGGAUGAUCUCCUUCGUGCAAUCAAGAAACUGAAGGUCUUGGGAAAUGGCUUUGGGAUUAUCCCUGUUGGUGGAACAUAUCUGGUCCAGUCUGUACCAGCUGAACUGAACAUGGAUCACACAGUCGUCUUGCAGCUGGCAGAGAAAAAGGGCUAUGUAACAGUCAGUGAGAUCAGGUCCAGUCUGAAAUGGGAGAUGGAACGUGCAAAGCAAAUACUGGAACACUUGCUGAAGGAAGGAAUGGCCUGGCUGGAUACGCAGGCAGCUGGAGAACCUCAGUACUGGCUGCCUGCACUCUUUACAGAACUGUACUCUCAGGAGAUCACUCCAGAGGAAGCUAAGGAGGCAAUACCUUGACUUUUAAGUGUUCCAUGCAUGUAUAUAAUUCUUCUUGUGAGGUUACUUGCAUAUCACCUAAAACACGGGUACAAUGGACUUGAAAUAAAUUUUUUUUUUAAAAGUCUAGAUUGAGAAGUUUAAUAGGACUAAUUCAUACUUGCUUACCUUCAGAUUUUCUCUUCUGUUGUGAAUUGAAAUACCACUUACUGUUACAAACACUAAUUACCUUGUCACAGCAAGAGAAAAAAUAUAUAAGCUGAUACUGCAA